AUGCCGCUAUCCGUGAUCGGCUGGCCUGCUGCGCGAAGUGCCGCGGACUCUCGGUGGCAUUGUGGCCGAUGCCGAUGCUCAGGUGGGUCGGCUUCCACUGGUACCUGCGUUCCCUGCCCUUCGCAGUGCCGCGCGCUGGAGCAGUCCUUCGCGCUGAGGCCCCCCCGAUCGCGACGUUCGUGGCGAUCUUUCUGGUGGUGCAUGUUUCCCUGGAAGCGCUGCGAAUAUAUGUGGUGCGUGCUGAUGCUCGGCGUGAUCGCGAUGAUCCUCCAGGUGGCGUGGAACGCUUGGCCCCUGGGGAUAUUCGUGACCAUGGUGUGGACCGACUUCUUGAUUCCGCUCGUCAUGGUCACGGUGACCGUGCUGUUUUUCGGCCUCGUCGUCUUCGACUUCGGCCUGGUGUGGGGUUUGUUCGUUGUUUUGCCGAGGCUGCUUUGCCUCAUCCCGUGGGUGCGUGUCGUCAUGAUCAUAGUAUUGAUGGUCCUGAGAUUCGUGGUAUUGGGGUCGCUGCGGAUGUUGCUCGUGGAGUUUUGCCCGAUGUUCCUGCGAGUGGUGCCGACCUCCCUCGUGACGAAGGUGGCGUGCGUUUUCCAUUUGCAAGUGCUGUUGUACACCUGCCUGGCUCCGGUGUUGCUCGCCGUGGUGGCAGGGGCCACCGGAGUGCUUUCAAUUUUCAAUAGCUGGGGCUGCACAGGUUUCGCGCGGGGCGCGAUGCCCGGAGUCCAUCCAGAUCUCCAUUGA